GAGAUGAGCAGCAUGAGGCCUGGGAACCAGAGCAGCCUGUCCGAGUUCCUCCUUCUGGGGAUCCCCAUCCCUUCAGGGCAGCAGGAAGUGUUCUUUGCCCUAUUCCUGUGUAUGUACCUGAUCACAGUGCUGGGCAACCUGCUCAUUAUCCUGCUCAUCAGGCUGGACUCUCACCUGCACACUCCCAUGUACUUCUUCCUCAGCCACUUGGCCUUCUCUGAUAUUUCUCUGUCAUCUGUCACUGUUCCUAAGAUGCUCAUGAAUAUGCACACACAACAGCAAUCCAUUCCCUAUGUGGGAUGCAUUUCUCAGUUGUAUUUUUUCUUAGUUUUUGGUGGUCUUGACAAUUUCCUUCUGGCCGUCAUGGCAUAUGACAGAUACAUGGCCAUCUGUCACCCACUACACCAUAGCAUCAUUAUGAGGGAGGAGUUGUGUGUGCUGAUGGUGGCUGGAUCCUGGAUUAUCUCCUGUGGCAAUGCCCUCUUACACACCAUCCUCUUGGUCCAACUAUCCUUCUGUGCCAAUAAUGUCAUCACCCACUUCUUCUGUGAACUCAGUGUGCUCUUGAAGCUCAGCUGCUCAGACGUCUCCCUCAAUGAGCUGGUCAUCUUGACAGAGGGAGGAAUGCUUUCUUUCCUGCCUUUGGCUAUUGUUUUGGGCUCAUAUAUCCAUAUUGGAACCAUCAUCCUGAAGGCUCCCUCUACUAAGAGACUCUUGAAAGUUUUUUCUACCUGUGGCUCCCAUCUCCUUGUGGUGUCUUUAUUCUAUGGGACACUUGUAGGUGUUUACUUAUUGUCCUCAUCAUGGGAUUCCAAAGAUAUAAUUGCUUCAGUCAUGUAUACAAUAGUUACCCCCAUGCUGAACCCCUUCAUCUACAGCCUGAGGAACAGAGAUAUAAAGCAGGCCUUAGAAUGUUUGUCAUUAGGGUUAAAGAAGUUAAUAUGUCAGUGA